AUGACUCUUACAGCAGGCCAAGAUGAAACACGAAGUCAAUACUUUAACUCAACGACAACUUGGAAACAAAUUGAUUUAUGGUUGAAAAUUCUUGACAUUAAUGCAGCAACUCCGGCUGAUAGUUACUAUUUCUGGAAUGCAGAACAGCAAUAUAUUAUUGAUGAAGAUCAGACAAUAUCUUUGGCACUUGAUCAAACUGAAUGUAUCAAUGUCGAUGUAUUCAAUGGAGAAGAUGUAAUAGAUAUAAUUCUUUCCUAUGAUAAGAAUAGUCAAACAAUUCGUAUUUUAAAAUCAUGUCCAGUUCAUAGUCUUCUAAACAAUCCAAAAUAUCUCAAACAAUUAGAUUUAAAAAUAUAUCCUGAAGAUUAUACUCUGGUUUUUGUAUUAAAUGAAUCAGAAAAGCAGAUUCUUAGUAAUUUAGAUAUGGAAAAUUCAAUUAAUCACUAUGCUUCAAUGACUAACGAAUCAAUUCAUUUUCAAAUCUCUAUUCUCAUUCAAAUCAUUCCAUAUGAUGAUCAAAAAGAAAUUCCUAUUCCUAUUUCUCAUCGAAAUAUAACAAUUAA